CAGGGAUGAAAGAAAGCGGCAUGGCCAUGUUUUGGAGAAUUCUCUCCGCACUAGGUUUCGAUUGUUUUAAAGGCACUCCGACAUCGUCUCAGAGAUCUUCCAGAAAGCUGGGCUCCAGUCGAGCAGCAAGUAUGGAGAGUAGUUCACUGACGGGCAGCCUGUCUGUGGGUUCUGACCCUGUACAUCACUGCCAAUGCUGCAUCUCAUACGCUUCCCAUCUCAGACGCCUGUCCUGCGGUCACCAGUACUGUGAACCCUGCACCUUUCAGAUAGUCAACCUGGCUUUUGAGGACAUUGAGGGUCUAGCUGAGUACCCCUGCCCUGUCUGCAAGUCCCUUCACCACCUCAGUGGCUCAGUGCCCGUGCCUGCUUACCCAGUCAUAAGCCACUACUCACCAUUUGGAAGCCAGAAACAACGGCUGGUUGAGGAGGAGGAAAACCAGUGGGAUUAAAGGAUUGUGUAAACUGGUCUGCAAAUGCAGCAUCUGUCUAGAAAUGGUACUGGAUCCUAAAGAAUAAAAACUAAUG